ACAGCGACACAUAAAUUAGCUAUAAAUCUUAAAAUCUCCUCAAGGGAACUCACGCGAGAUACUUCUCCAAAAUAUCAUUACAUCCUACUGACACCAGGGCCAAACGACUUAUAAUCUGGUGUUAGCCAGGUCGAGAAGAACGGUGGGAAUUAUGUGAAACGUCUCUAAUAAGUUUCUAAAGAAAGGAAGGAUUCCAUAAUAUCAACAGACACUGACUGAUGAUGGAAAGCUAGGACAAGUUAUCACCAUGGCUGUGGGUUUAGUUGUGGUGAUAGUGUUUAUGAUCGUGUCUACUGUCAUUGGGAACACUGCAAUCUGCUACAUUAUCUAUAGAGUGAGGCGUCUUCACUCUCCUUCCUGUAUUUUCCUUGUGAAUUUGGCCAUCAAUGACAUUCUGGUGGCGUUGUUUCUACUACCAUUCAGCAUCGCAACCACGGCAAGUAAUUACGUUGUCGUGAGUAAAACUGGCUGCGACAUCAUUGGAUUCUUCCAACAUGCUACGAGCGCAGUCUCAGUUUUGACGCUUUUAUCAGUUAGCAUGGACAGGUAUCUAGCCAUACUAACUCCUCUGAAAUACAAAGGCUGGGUAACCCGUAACAGGACCGUUUUAUGCAUAUUCUUCAUCUGGUUUUAUGCGUUGUUAUCAGCGUGUUAUCCUCUUCUGGGAUGGAGUCGUUAUUAUGCUUUCCCUGGACAGUGGCUUUGCGAAUCCAAUUACCACAUAUCCGUUAGUUUUACAUACUUCAAAAUGACUACAAUCUACUUUAUGCCGCUGGUUUCUAUUAUUUUUAUUUACAUCAGUAUACUGCGAGUAGCUUUACGUCAUUCGAAGCAAAUCGCCCGCGAAGUAAAGGCAUUGCGUCAAAGGGAAAUGGCUGCAGUACUUGAGCCCGAACUUGGUGCACAAGUGUCAGCGGCGGUCAUAUCGGGACAAUAUUGCAUGCGCAAGCCGCAUUCUGCCCUCAGAGCAGAUAUCAAGACAGCUUUGACAUUGGCCUCGAUCGUCGGAGUGUUAUUUAUCGCCUGGACACCAUAUAUAGUGGUAAACCUGUGGUCCUCACACACAAGGAAUUAUGGGACGGAAUUACUACAGUCCAUUGUCUCUGGACUUUAUUACUCCACGGGAGUUAUAAAUCCUUAUUUAUACGGAUACUUGAACAGGAUUAUAAAAAGAGAAUUUAAAACUAUUUGGACAAAUACGCGCAGGUCUUUUUCUCAGAUCAGAGCGAACAAAAUCCAACAAGCGGAAAUAUCAUCACGGAAGUCGUCCUAAUCUGAGGAUAUCUCUAUUCUGUUUGGAAAAAUUCUAAAUCAGCAUUAACGAUUGUUUUAUGCGGGGUGCACGUCCAUCGAUACAAGAAUCUCCUACGAAGUUUGGAGAGCACUCAAGAAGCUAGCGUUUUUUUCGGCUUCGCCUCAAGAAAUUCAUAAUGAACUCUCUUGCUCUCCAAACUCCCCGAGUAUUUCAUAUAUCGAUGAACGGAAGCUGAAGUGUGAAAUACUUAUUUUGUAACAUUUUCAACGCGGUAAUUUAAAUGUUUUAGCCAAAGAAAUUCCCUCCAUGCAUUUCGCUUCAAUUUGGACGCACGCUUUAUCACAGGGCACCAAAGAAAUAUGAAGCACGCCAUUCAGAUGAAUGAAGCAGACUUUUCAAAAAGACCACCAAAGUUUUCGCUGGACAAGCUUUCCCUCGACAAGUGUCCUUGUUCAAAGUCCUUUCGUCCAGUCUUUGGAUGGGAGGAUUUUCCAAAGGAGUACUUUUCAUAUCAUAAAUUUAAAUUAGUUGCCAGGGAAACCUCGUCGACUUGAGAGGUAUAAAUGCAAUUUAGGACACUACUUAGGAGAGUCUGUACAAGAUCAUGUAUUAGACCUAAAUUAUCGGUUAAAAAUGUGAGAACAAAGUUUCCUGUCUAUAAUCUAUACUCAGUGCUCUGAUAAUUGUAUAGUAACUCCCCAACUAAGUAUGCUCAUAAGACCUUUAUAGAUUGUUUUCCCCUUUGGGAGUCCUCAGUCGCCCAUAAAUGUAAUUUUUUUUUAAUGAAAAGACUGCAUUUUAACCUGUUUCUUAAUAUCAUUCGUUUUAGCUAGUUAUGCGAAGUAUAACUGUGUUCUCUUCUCUCCCAAAUUUUAUUUAAAUCUUUCUCCUACCCCAGCCCCCUCUCUCCUACACAUACUAAAUAUUUCUUAUGCGAGGCUAACUCAAGCAAGUUUUUUCUCCAUUUUGCUCACUUUUUUCCAUUUUUUUUAUUCAGUUUGCUUGGUCUGAACCGCUUUCAUUCUAAUUUUGGAGUCUUUAUUUGAUUUUUAUUUGUCAUUAAAACUUAAGUG